UCUCCUGCCCACAGUCAGCUGCAAGUGUGUAGUCAGUGCUACACACAAGCAUGCACAGGGAGACGCCGGCAAGCACAAACGCGGGCACAGAGUGGAUUGUUAUCUCGCCUCUUUGGGGAGGCGCACCCGGCCGGUGAGAGACGGCGACCUGCCCUGCUUCCAGCUGCCAUGCUCCGACUUGCUAUCCGCUCGGCCGCCAACCUGCCCAACGUGGAAUGGUCUGGCCGGCAGAGCGACCCCGUAGCCAGUGUGGUCUUCCAAGGUGUUAAGCGCAAGACUCGCGUCAUCUCCAAUGACCUCAACCCAGUGUGGAAUGAGACCUUUGAAUGGGACCUCAAGGGCGCCACCUUGGACCCUGCAUCUGAGAUUCAUAUUGUCAUCAAGGACCAUGAGAAGAUUGGUUCAAACAGGUUUCUCGGCGAUGCCACGCUGCCCCUAAAGGACCUCCUGUUUGCACCCAACUUUUGUGCAACUCAUGAACUGCCCUUGCUGGACAUGAAGAAGCAAAACAAUGGGGCCACAGUGAAUCUGCAGGUUUGCUAUUUACCCCCGCCCGGCUCCACUCCGGCGCCCACCGUUCGACCUUCAGCCAUGAGAAGCUCUGGGCCAGACGGGGGAGUGCAAAUAGGGAACGACGUGGACGACGAGGACGAGGAGGAUGAGGAGGGAGCAGGUGAUGAGGAGCAUCAGCAGCAGGGCCCUGCUGCGGGAGUCCCUGCAGGGCAGGCGGCGGGGGCUGCGCGAGCCGGCGGAGCGGAGCGGCCGCCCGCUCGCGCCCCGCGACGCCGCUCCACGAAGUCGUCCUCCACUCGCGCCGUCUCCAGGAAGCCGCGGGACUUCCAGGUACGAAUUCGGGUGAUCGAGGCUCGCCAGCUGCCUGGCAACAACAUCAAGCCGGUCGUCAAGGUGACGGUGGCAGGGCAGUCGAAACGCACCCGAAUCAGGAAGGGGAACAACCCUUUCUUUGACGAGACUUUCUUCUUCAACUUUCACCAGUCUUCGGCGGAACUGUUUGACGAGUUGAUUUACUUCAAGGUGCUGCACUCCCACUCCCUGCGGGCAGAUUCUGAGAUCGGCACGUUCAAGCUUGAUGUUGGUACUGUCUACGAUGAACCAAGACACACGUUCCAGCGAAAGUGGCUGCUGCUCUGUGACCCAGAGGAUCUGAGCUCCGGUGCCAAGGGCUAUUUGAAGGUGACCCUCCUGGUGCUGGGAGCUGGGGAUGAACCUCCGGAGGACCGCAGCGAAGCGGUGGAGGAGAGGGAGGACAUUGAGAACAACCUUCUGAGACCAGCCGGCGUCUCACUGAGAGGGGCUUUUCUCACUCUGCGUGCCUACCGGGCUGAGGAUGUGCCCCAGAUGGACGACGCUGUGCUGGACACCGUGAAGCAGAUCUUUGGGUUCGACAGCAACAAGAAGAACCUCGUGGACCCUUACCUGGAAGUCAGCUUUGCUGGGAAAACGCUCUGCACAAAGAUUAUUGAGAAGAAUGCCAACCCCGAGUGGAAUCAGGCCAUUAGCUUUCCCAUCCGGUUCCCCUCGAUGUGUGAGCGGCUCCGCAUCACGCUGUACGACUGGGACCGGCUGACUCACAAUGAUGCGGUGGGGACGGCCUUCCUGUCCAUGUCUCAGAUCUCUUGUCCCGGCGGCAAUGAGCCAGAGGACGAGGGUACUGGUUUCCUGCCCACAUAUGGACCUUGCUUCAUCAACCUGUACGGCAGCCCCCGUGAAUUCACCGGCUUCCCUGACCCAUAUGAGGAGCUCAACUUUGGCAAGGGGGAGGGUGUGGCCUACAGAGGCCGCAUCUUGGUCGAGUUGACAACGAAGCUGGAGGACCACAUCAAUAACAAGGUGGAGCCCAUCCCAAGCGACGAUCUCCUGCGUGUGGAGAAGUACCUGCGCCGCCGACGCUACAACCUGUGCGCCACCUUCUACUCGGCGACCAUGCUGCGCGAGGUCAACGAGCCCAUCCAGUUCGAGGUCAGCAUCGGCAACUACGGCAACAAGUACGACGUGACCUGCCCGCCGCUCGCCUCCACCACGCAGUACAGCCGCGCGGUGUUUGACGGCUGCAGCAGCUACUACCUGCCUUGGGGGAAUAUAAAGCCGGUGGUGACGCUCACGUCCUACUGGGAGGACGUUGGCCAUCGGUUGGAGGCCCUCAACAUCCUCCUGCACACCCAGCGCCGCCUGGAGGUGAACAUCGGCCGGGUGCGGGCGACUCUGCAGGCGCGGGAGCCCGUGGAGGCGGUGGCGGUCAGCUGGCUGCACGCCAUCGACACGCUCAUCGAGGACUGCAGCCAGGCCCUGCCGGAGAUCACGGAGCGGCCCAACGUCACUCCGCUGGACCGUGAGGUGUGGCGCGCACGCUCCGCCACGCUCGCGCUCAUCCUGCGCUCGGCUCAGCGCCUGCGAGAGGAGGCGACGCGCGUCGAGGAGACGCUGUCCGAGCUCGACGAUUGGCUCGAGCGGAUCACAGAGCUGACGCAGGAGCCCCAGAACAGCAUUCCGGAUGUGGUGGUUUGGAUGCUACGUGGAGACCGGCGGGUGGCGUUCGCACGCAUCCCGGCCCACGAGGUGAUGCACUCCUCACUGGGGCCCCACGCCUGCGGCAAGAACUGUGGCAUCACUCAGACCAUCGUUCUCAAGUACCCCCAGGACACGCAAGGGUUCAAGAUACCGGGCCAAGUGCGAAUGCGCAUCUGGCUCAGCCUCGCCGUCGACUCUAAGAGCUUCAACGAGACGAGCGAGGGCAAGCUGGCGGUGUUCGCCGAGACCUAUGAGAACCAGACGCGGCUGGCGCUCGUGGGUGGCUGGGGCACCACGGGGCUCACGCGGCACAAGUUCUCUGACGUCACAGGGCACAUCAAGCUGCCCAUGCACAGCUUCCUGCCGCCGCUCGGCUGGCAGUGGGAUGGAGACUGGUUUGUCAGCCCGGAGCGCAGCCUCCUGCACGAGGCCGAUGCGGGCCACAUGGAGUUCACGGAUGAAGUGUUUGAGAACAACCUCCGCCUCCCCGGGGGACAGUGGCGAGCGCUUUCUGACAACUACACGGACGUGAAUGGAGAGAAGCUGCCACCGCUCGCGGACAUCGAGUGUCCUGCCGGCUGGUUCUGGGAGGAGGCUUGGACGGUGGACACCAAACGUGCCGUUGACGAGAGUGGCUGGGAGUACGGGGUGACCAUCCCCCCGGACUCACGGCCCCGGGCCUGGGUGCCGGCGGAGAAGAUGUACCACACCAACCGGAGACGCCGUUGGGCCAGGGCGCGCAGGAGGGACACCCGCAAGGCCGCCAAGCUGCCCAGGCUCAAGCCCGAGGAGCAGGGCGAGGGCUGGGAGUAUGCGUCGCUCUUCGGCUGGCGCUACCACCUGGAGAUACGCAAGACGGACACGUCGCGGCGCCGCCGCUGGAGGAGGCAGAUGGAGCCGAGCGAGAGGCACGGGCCUAGCGCUGUCUUCCAGCUGGAGGGAGCAUUGGUGGACAGCACGUGGGAUGAUGACGAAGGAAAGAAGGUCUCCAAGCCUGUGCUCGGAGUCAGCUCCCCCACCAUUUCUUGCAUCUUUGAGCAGGGCUACCGGUACCACCUGCGAUGCUACCUCUACCAGGCGCGUGAGCUCAUUGCUCUGGACAAGGACAGCUUCUCAGACCCGUACGCCGUGGCGUCGUUUCUGCAUCAGUCUCAGAAGUCGGCCACGGUGCGUGGCUCCCUCAACCCGACGUGGGACCAGACGCUGGUCUUCCAGGAGGUGGAGAUCUACGGGGACCCCAAUGUCACGGCCAUCAACCCUCCCCACAUCAUCAUCGAGAUAUUCGAUCAGGACUCCUACGGAGCUGACGAGUUCAUGGGCCGCUGUACGGUCGCUCCCGCCGUGGCGCCCUCUCCCAGCGACCGCGUGGCUCCGCAUCUCGCCUGGGUCCCUGUCAUGCGGAGCGGCCGCGAGAGCGGAGAGCUGCUGGUGGCCUGUGAGCUCGUUCGCUACGACAAGGCCUUCUCCUGUGGAUUUCAAGGCCUUGAGCGGACCGGUGCCAUGUUCUCGGUGCUGUCCGACCCGUCGGGCUAUGAAGCGGACGCAUUGUGCACACUGCGCAUCAACCAAGAAGCGCCGGAGGAGUCGGAGCUGGAGUACCCUCCGCCACUGCCGGGGACCAACCUCUACAUGGUGCCACCCGGCAUCAAGCCAGCCCUGCAGCGCACGGCCAUCGAGAUCCUGGCGUGGGGGGUGCGUAGCGUGAAGAGCUACCAGCUGUCGUCGGUGUCGUGCCCCAGCCUCCUGGUGGAGUGCGGGGACCAGGUGGUGCAGUCGACCGCCAUCCGCAACGCCAAGAAGAACCCCAACUUCGACCAGCCCGUGCUCUUCAUGGAUGUGAGGAUGGCAGUUGAAGGCUGCUACGCACCUCCCGUCACCAUCAAGUUGCUGGACAACCGUCCGUUUGGGCGACGGCCGGUGGUAGGUCAACUCACGAUCCGCUCCCUGCAGGAGUUCUUCUGUGACCCCUACCGGGCUCCAGACCGAGUACCCAGAUCCCCCGUCGCUGCCGACUCGGCCCACUCGAGCCCAAUGGACACCGUUAUCGAGGUGGACGACUGCAAGCCUCUGAUCAAGGGUGCAGAUAAUUCAUCCGCAGGCCUGGGCUCAGUCUAUGGGGGCACAACUUCGUACUCUGAGGAAGACUCCGUGGACUGGUGGUGCAAGUUUUACGCGUCGAUUGGGGAAAGUGAGAAGUCUGGCUCCUACCUGCAGAAGGGUUACGACACGAUAAAGGUGUACGACACCGAACUGGAGAAGGUGGACAAGUUCGGGGGCCUCACUGACUUCUGCAAAACCUUCACGCUCUACCGGGGCAAGGCGUCCGGGGAGGAGGACGACCCGACCCCCGUGGGAGAGUUCAAGGGCUCGUUCCGGAUCUACCGCCUGCCCGAGGAGCAGGACGCGCCCUUCCCGCCCCGACAGUUCUCCCAGCUGCCCCCCAGCGGACCCCAGGAGUGCCAGGUGCGGGUCUACGUGGUGAGAGCCCUGGACCUGCAGCCCAAGGACUCCAAUGGAAAGUGCGACCCAUACGUGCGGAUCACCUUGGGCAAGAAGUCGGUGGACGACGCGGACCAUUACAUCCCCAACACUCUCAACCCCGUGUUUGGCCGGGUGUUCGAGGUGACGUGCGUCCUGCCCCUGGAGAAGGACCUCCACGUGGGGCUCUACGACUACGACCUGCUCUCCCGCGAUCAGAACAUCGGCGAGACGGUCAUCGACCUGGAGAACAGAUACCUCUCGCGGCACGGAGCGUGCUGCGGCCUGCCCGCGACUUACUGCGUCUCGGGUCCCACUCACUGGCGGGACUCCCGCCGGCCGAGCCAGCUGCUGGAGGACCACGCCCGGCGGCACAACCUGACGGGGCCCCUGUACCAGGAGGGCUCGCUCACGCUCGGGGACGAUGCCUACACCCUCUCGCAGUUCGAGAGCGAUCGCACCCUGCCUCCAGCCCUGGGUCCAGAAAACGAGCGGCUGGCCCUGUACGCUCUCCGGCAGCAGUGCCUUGUGCCCGAGCACGUGGAGACCCGGCCGCUCUACAACCAUGUCCAGCCCGGGAUCGAGCAGGGCCGGCUUCAGAUGUGGGUGGACAUCUUCCCUAAGGAGCAGGGCCCCCCACCUCCACCAUUUGACAUCACACCCCGCAAGGCCAAGAACUACUUGCUGCGCUGCAUCGUGUGGAACACGAGCGACGUCAUCCUGGACGAGACGAGCAUCACUGGCGAGAGGAUGAGCGACAUCUACGUCAAGGGGUGGCUGGCAGGGCAGGAGGAUUGCCGCCAGAAGACGGACGUGCACUACCGCUCGCUGGGCGGGGAGGGAAACUUCAACUGGCGCUUCACUUUCCCCUUCAGCUACCUGCCGGCCGAGCAGCUCUGUCUGCUCACCUCAAGGGAACACUUCUGGAGUCUGGACAAGACGGAGAGAAAGGUUCCUCCACGGCUCAUCAUCCAGAUCUGGGACAACGACAGGUUCUCCUACGACGACUACUUGGGGUCGGUGGAGCUGGACCUGCACCGCAUGCUGAAGCCGUCCAAGACGGCUGACAAGUGCACGCUCGAGCGCAUGCUGAGCGGCUCGACCAAGCACGUGUCUCUGUUCCAGCAGAAGAGCGUGCGCGGCUGGUGGCCGUGCGUCAUGCAGCAGGGAGACUCGUUUGCCCUCGCGGGCAAGGUGGAGCUGACCAUGGAGAUUUUGUCAGAGCAGGAGGCAGACGAAAAGCCGGCUGGAGUCGGACGUGACGAGCCCAACAUGAACCCGCGCUUGGAGGACCCGAAUCGCCCCGAGACGUCGUUCCUGUGGUUCAGCUCUCCGUGCAAAACGCUGCGCUACAUCGUGUGGAGGAGGUACAAGUGGCUCUUCCUGGGCUCCCUCCUGCUCAUGCUCGUCCUGCUCUUCCUCGCCGUCUUCCUCUACGCCUUCCCGGAAUACCUGGCAAUGAAGAUCGUCAAGCCUUAACUCUGCAUGCUGACGAUGAGAGGGUCAUGGGGUUGGGUGAUGAACUGAGACGUGGACGGGAGCCACUCAACAACGCUUUGCACGAGGGAUUGCUUUUGGACCUCACAUUUCGUCACACCGGCUCGUGGAAAUGAAGGGAAUUCUUAAAAAUCAAGCCCCUACCUCCUCUGCUGGUCGACAGGCUGCAGACACCUUUGUGGGCUCUAGACGCCUUGGAGAAGCUGCAGUGGAUCUCCAGGCCUCACAACUUGGGAAUGUGUUUGCAGUGCGAUGCUUGUUUUUCUGAGAAGAGGUUUUCCCCUUCUUUCUGGCAAUAAAACAGGUGUUGAGAUGUUAAAACACCAAACUGAAACCUUUUACAAGGAAUCCUGUCUGCAAUAACCACAAUAUUUGUAGUCAGAAUGCAAACAAAAAACAUAGUCUGAUAAGAAAUGCAUUCUCUUUUAAACUGAUUGGUCCACA